AAUAGUCUAUGCGUGAUAUGACGUGAGCUUGCCUUCCGCCAUUGUAUAAUCGAAGUCGAAGUUUGUUGUGUACUUGUUCAAGAAUAAAUUGAUUAGUUAUCGUAGUUUUGAGAUUUAUUAGUUUUUGAAAACGAUUCACUAUCGAGAAAUAUUGUGCAUCGUAGUUUUAUGUAUAAUUGUGACCAUGUCUUCUAUGGAUAUUGAUCUGUGAUUUGUUGGUGUUUACUAUUCAUUUUUGUGGGACAACAAGUGAAGUGACGCGAUCUCCUUGUGCUAAGGCAAAACAAGCUAUAAAUAAUUUGCUACAAACGGUUCGGCGAUUUGGUAAAUCUAUUUUUUCUUCUUAUUUGUGAUGUUCCCGCAUUCCACCAGAGCGGAAGAAGAACAGAAGACGAAACUGAUUCCGAGUGUAAAUCUGCUACACUCUAAGAGAAAAGGAAUAUUCAUACACCCCUCUGCUAUGUACAGAAAUAGUCUUCCGUGCUGCAGUAUUAUACAAGCACCGUUUAUUACAAUAAAUUUGAGUGGGUAAUUAACAAGAAAUAUAAAAAUACAGAAAAUGAAACUAUUGGAGAGUGGCCGCUUAGAGGCAUUGAGCAGAGCACUCUCUAUUUUGAAUGGAGAUAGUGCCGUACAGGGCCGUGUCGAAAGCUAUAGCUGCAAGAUGGCUGGUGCUGAGAAGUCGUUUUAUAAACGUUUCACAGCAACUGGAGAAACUACUCUGGAAGCAUUGUCACCACCAGAGAGUUUUAUGUACAGCCGAAGCUUGUCUGGUGAUGAGGAUGGUGUUCUCUGUGACACCAUAUCUCGUAAAACAUUGUUUUACUUAAUUGCUACACUGAAUGCUGCCUUCCCAGAUUAUGAUUUUUCCAUGGCUAAGAGCAGUGAAUUCAGUGCAGAGCCGUCACUUAGUUGGGUGCAAGGAGCAGUGGAUGCUUCCUUGUCUGCAGUGGGUGGUGUGCGUUGGCGACAACUGCGACCUUCAUUGUGGACUGCCGUUGAUGAGGAGGUGGUGUUGUCUGAGUGUCGCAUAUAUAGCUACAACCCUGACCUUGCCAGUGACCCAUUUGGUGAGCCUGGUUGUCUAUGGGCAUUCAACUACUUCUUUUAUAACAGAAGAUUAAAACGGAUUGUCUUUUUCACCUGUAGAGCAAUGAGCCCUGUGUGUGCUGUUGACUCAGGAGUUGAUUUUGCCAUGGAUGAAGAUGAUGAAUACAACUAAGAUAUCAACUUCCUAUUCAAGAAACAUUCAAGCUAUUAUUGGGGAUUGUAAUAAUCUUGUGGUAAAUACUUUAAAACAAAGUAUUUGACUGAUCUGCUGGUUGAGCGAGCACCAGCAUAACUGCCAAGCAUGUUGUGUCAUGAUUGAUACACAAGUUGAGCAAAUAAUGAAUUUUCCAUUUUGCUAAUUUUUUGUAAUACUAAUUAAUUUUCCCCAGCGUUUAGCAAUAGGAUUACCUAUUUUAAAUAGGAUUCCAUACCAAGCUGUAAACCUUGUAAGGAAUGAAGUUAUAUAUUUUUUUCUCUAUUGUAUUAUUGCACCAGUCUGGCUUUUUAUCUGUGUUAUUGAUAAGUAUUUAGACUUCUUUGAAAUUAAAAAUACUCUAGCAAUGUUUAUGGUCAUUCCAAUAAUCAAUAUUCAGCACCCAAAUCUUUUUGGUUUUGCAUUUCUCACAUGGCAAUUUUUGAGAAUAAAAUUUCAUUUCUGCAGAAUUCAUGUGUACCUAUAAUUCAAUUAAUAAUCUUUUUACCCGACUGCGCCAUAAGGAGGGUUAUGUUUUUCGAGAGUAUGUAUGUUUAAUUAGUCAUCUGAAAACCAAUGAAUCCGAGUUACUGUUUAUUUUAUGUAUAAUGGUGCUCUUGGCAGUAGGGCUCUUUAUACCAUGGCACAAUACCCUGCUACAGGUUUUUAGGCCACAUACAUGAUUUAUUUCAUUACUAUACUUUUUAAAGGUAUGUAAUGGUGAUUAAUUUUAUUUUAAUAUAGGCUUUGUUCUGCUUUAUUAUUACAUUAACUAUAGUAUGGAGGAUAAGUAGACUGCUCAAAUAUUAGAUAAAGCUUAAUUCACCUUGCAUUUCAAUAUGUCGACACAGUGUGACUGAUUUGAAACAGUUGUCUAUUUUCCCAGAGGAAUCGACUCCAUGAAACUUGUCUUUGAAACAAUAAAACUACUUGUGACUGUAUUUUUGAAAGUUUGACAACGACAAUGUCCGCCUAGUUUUCAUAUCUCUUAUUCCUCCAUGUCAGCACUUUAUUAUAUCCAGUCUGCAUGUAUAUUAUAGACUUGUGUCUAGUGUUUUAAGAAUCCACAUCCUCGAGCUUGACACAUAAAAAUAAAUUCCAAUGAAAAUAUUAUGGUAAUCUAGAAUCACAAGCUGCAAAAUAGUUUAGUUUCCUAAGAUUGAGGAUGAGGAUUACCAUUUCUUUUAAUUUAUAAAAUCACAUUAUCAUAGGUAUAUAAAUGAUACUAGUUAUUCUGUGGGUAAUUCACAGAACAACUAGUAUCAGUAGUAUCAUAAUUAGUUAUCUAAAACCAAGUUUUGCUGCAACAAUUUUUCUGUGCACACAAGUACCUACCUAGUACCUAUUUCCUUUUUUAAAUGUACUCUUUUAGAAAGUAUUAUUCAUUGUUUAUCUUAAUUUUAUUUUACAGCAGAUCUAAUAUUUUUGUUUUAUGUAAUUUCAAAAUAAUAAUAUUCAGUUCUAUAAUCUUCAGAUCGCGGUGGGAGGUGGUGCGAGACUGAUUUUUUGACAACACGCAGUCUUCACUCUCUGCCUCUUCUCAUUCCCGCCCUUUAAUCUAAUUGAACUAUUUUAUUUAUUAUUGUGCCGUAGCCCCAUUAUAAAUAUAGGACUGCGACACAAAAUAUUCUAAUUGUUCAUUUUAUUAUAUUGUUACUGGUAUUUUAAUAAUAGCAUUUCUGUCGCAUCUACUAGUUUUCGAAAGUUCUUACUUCUCACUUUGAUAUUGUUUGGUAAUAAUAUAUUUAAAAAAAAUACUAAAAAAACCACAUUCAACAAUAACACUUCUAUCGAUCUGUAGUACCUGUAAAUUAGUGAUAAUGUUAGAAAACUUUUACUUAAUGUGUUAAAAUAACAGGACCCUGUUCUGUAAUAGACGUAACGCUGUAAUAUGUAUUGAAGAUCAAUCACAAUAAAAAUCUCUGACAAAAGA